GCAGUUUUUGGAGUCCAGCUUGUUGUGACCAUGGUUAUGGCCAGUGUCUUGUCAAGAAUAACUCCUCAUUAUUCCUUGGCACGAUUCCUCCUGUGUCGGACUGGUUUAAUGUAUUAUUUACACCCAACGGAUGAAGAGCUGCGAACCCUUGCGGGAAUACCCAAAGACAAAGGAAAGAAGGGAAAAGGAGGAGGCAAAGGAAAUUCCAAGCCAAAUAGUAGCUCAGGAAACUCAGAGGAUGAUGGGACCUUCACAGUACCUCGCAGCCUUGAUUUAAAUCUUGAAAAGUCCCGCAUGGUUCCAGGGGAAGUGAUGCAACUGAAGUUCUACACUGAAUAUCAGUGGCUUCUUGACUUCUCUUUGUGUGCUGCCCUUGUAUAUGUGGCCACUGAGUGGUCCAGCAUCCAAGGUCACCUUCAAGAUUAUUUUGGCCAUGCUAUGUGCUUUGAUUGGUGCCUUCUUCACCUUCCCAGGACUGAGACUGGGAAAAAUGCACUGGGAUUCUCUGAGGUACUGCAGUGAAAACAAGGUCUUACGCGGUCUGUUUCAUGCCAGCUUCAUUGCACCCUUGUUCUUGGUUAUGAUGUGGAUAAAGCCAUUGACUCGUCGAUAUUUAACAGAAUAUACUUGGCCUGGCUAUAGUCACCCAAUAUUAAGCUCGGACACUUUUGAUAUCUUACGCAUUGUGUUGGUGGUUGUGGUGUCUGUGGUACGAUUAAGCAUGAUGCCCUACUAUCUACAGUCAUACCUCAACAUUGCGUAUGAAAAGAUUGAAGCCCAGAAGAAAGAGUCUGGUCGUAUCACAAACAAAGAAUUGCAGAAAAAAGUUGCACGAGUGUUUUACUACUUGUGUGUCGUUACCUUGCAAUAUGUAGCCCCAAUAGUCCUUUGCUUCUUUGUCUCCCUAAUGUUUAAGACUCUUGGUGGACUUAGAUGGGGAGCAUUGCUUAGCAGAACAAUUGCUGCAGAGAAGUGUGGUCUGGAGUCUGAAGUAGAAGGAGAAGAGAUGGCUACCAUACCAACUCUACAAGAUGCCCAGUCAGUGAUGGAAGCAACUAAAAUCCUUUCACUGGGAAUGGAAGAACUCAAAAAGGUUUGUUUCUUAACCCUUAUGAUCCAAAUCACAUGACCAUCACCCCUUGAGAAAAUUUAUCUUGAAGGGCGGGUGACAUGAACUUGGGAAAAUAUAGCUGUGGGCUGCAGUGAUGUAAACUUCCUGUUAUGAACAUUUCAACUGAAAGCCAGGGGGACAAG